UCUCUGUUAUUUUUCACUGCUCAUCAUCAGGCAUCUUUAUUCUCGAUCAAAUGAUAACAAGACAGUGUUAACUUGUCACAUAUUCGCAUGCAGUUGGUAAGUCCACAUUUCAACACGGCUGCAUGUUCAUAUAGCGUGGUGCCUCGAACAAACCUUCAAAUGACCGCUGAGAGUGUCACAUGAAAGAAGAUGGGUGGAAAGUUAUCAGCCCUGGAUCCUAUGGAAGUUGAAGUUCCAAGAUUGAAUGUGCUCUUGGACCGUGAUCCCUAUCUUAGAGGGUAUGAAAGGGAAUUUCGGAGAAGGUACGCAUGUUUCAAGGAUUAUGUCGAUCGAGUUUCAGAACAAGAAGGAAUAAAUAACUUCUCCAAAGGCUAUGAAUAUUAUGGAAUACAUGUAAAUGCCGACAAUUCUGUAACCUGCAGAGAAUGGGCGCCUGAUGAAUGGAAUAGAAAUAGUCAUCCUUACAACAAACUUGAAUUUGGGAAAUGGGAAUUGCACAUUCCUCCAAACAGCGAUGGAUCAUGUCCUAUAAAACAUUUGUCGGAAAUUAAGAUAAUUAUUCAGACAAUCAAUGGUGAAUUGCUCGACAGAUUAUCGCCAUGGGCUGUGUAUGUCGUUCAACCUCCAAAAGAAAAAGGCUUUACCUACGAACAACGUAUGUGGAACCCUCCUCAAGAAGAGAAAUACCAAUUCCGUCAUGAAAGGCCUAAGAAACCACUAAGUCUGAGAAUUUAUGAAUGCCAUGUGGGCAUUGCAGCAUCAGAACCAAGAGUUGGAACAUACCUGGAAUUUGCUCAAAAUAUCAUUCCUCGCAUCAAGAAGUUAGGUUAUAAUGCUAUUCAGUUAAUGGCUAUAAUGGAACAUGCUUAUUAUGCUAGUUUUGGAUACCAAGUCACAAGUUUCUUCGCAGCUUCUAGCCGUUAUGGAACACCUGAACAAUUGAAGCAACUCAUUGAUGUUGCUCAUUCUCACGGUUUGGUGGUUCUGCUGGAUGUUGUUCAUUCACAUGCUUCAAAGAAUGUACUUGAUGGUUUGAAUCAAUUUGAUGGUACAAAUGCUGGAUUCUUUCACGACGGUAGUAGAGGUGAACAUGCCUUAUGGGAUAGCCGCCUCUUCAACUACUCGGAGUAUGAAGUGCUGAAAUUUUUGCUGUCUAAUCUAAGGUGGUACAUGGAAGAGUACAGGUUUGAUGGUUUUAGAUUUGAUGGUGUAACAUCAAUGCUAUACCACUCAAGGGGUAUUGGAGAAGGUUUUUCAGGGAAUUAUGAUGAAUAUUUUGGAUUAAAUGUAGACACUGAAGCAUUGGUAUAUUUGAUGUUGGCCAAUUAUAUGCUUCAUCAACUCUACCCUGAUGUCAUAACUGUUGCUGAGGACGUGUCUGGUAUGCCAGCCACCUGUAGACCAGUUGAUGAAGGAGGAACUGGUUUUGACUAUCGCUUGGGAAUGGCUAUUCCUGAUAAAUGGAUUGAAUUGCUUAAAGAAUUUAAAGAUGAUGAUUGGAAUAUGGGUAAUAUUGUGCACACAUUGACAAAUAGAAGAUGGAUGGAAAAAACAAUUGCAUAUGCUGAAUCUCAUGAUCAGGCCCUUGUUGGUGAUAAAACAAUUGCAUUUUGGCUUAUGGACAAAGAAAUGUACACACAUAUGUCUACAUUAUCAGAACCAUCACCUAUCAUUGAUCGUGGAAUUGCACUUCACAAGAUGAUACGCCUGUUAACACAUGGACUAGGCGGGGAAGGAUACCUCAAUUUUAUGGGAAAUGAAUUUGGACAUCCUGAAUGGUUGGAUUUCCCUAGAGCUGGCAAUAAUGAUUCUUAUCACUAUGCUCGUCGACAGUGGCAUUUAGUUGAUGAUCCCUUGUUGAAAUACAAAUUCCUUGGUGCCUUUGAUGAAGCAAUGAAUAAUCUUGAAGAAAAAUAUGGAUGGCUUCACAAGGAUCCUGGAUAUGUGAGUUGGAAACAUGAAGAGGACAAAGUAAUUGCAUUUGAGAGGGCAGAGCUUCUCUUUGUGUUCAAUUUUCAUCCAUCAAAAAGUUUCACAGAUUAUCGUGUUGGUGUUGAGAUGCCUGGAGACUAUAAAAUUGUUCUUAGUUCUGAUGAUGAACAAUUUGGAGGCUUCAAACGCACUGAUGCGUCUGUUAGUCAUUUAUCAUUUCCUGAGGGAUUUGCUGGUCGAAGAAACUCUGUAAUGUUAUAUCUGCCAUCAAGAACUGCCGUUGUAUUUGCUCGACAUAACACUUGAUCUUUAAUUCACUGCUGAUAUAUAUAUACUCAUUAGAUUUUACUUUUAUAGAAUCUGUUCAUAAAAAAUGUUAAAAAAAAUAAAACACUAUGCUUCAUGAAACUGGGUAUUAAUUAUUAUUUGAUAUGUUAACUGGUGGUAAUUUUUGGUUUAUUGAAACUGGAAUGACAACCUGCCCUGUACUACUUUCUGAGUGAAAAAAACCCACCUUCUUUUACUGAAUAUUGAGUAGUAGGCAUCAGCACAAUACAAACAAGUUGAACACUUUUGCUUUUCACAUGACUUUUAUUUGUAAUUUGAUAUUGUCUUAAAAUUGAUGCAGGUAUUGAAAUGUAAAUGUGAACUAAGUAAACAAUAUUUUCAACAUUUGAUUGUAAAUCAGGCACACAUUAUUUAAUUUGUUUUUUGAAUGUAAUUUGCUUUCUAUUAUCAUUGUUAUUAAUUAUUAUUAUUCAUUAUCAUCAAGAAAAUAAGUAUUCCAUUUUCCAAGAUGUCAAUCAAAAACCUUAUUAAGAAUGUUGUGAAGUUAGUCUUAUUUGUGGUUAGUCUGAUUAGUGGUUUAAAAUUAUAGAUAUUUUUUCUAUAGUGUUGGGAUUUUUAACUUUCUCAUGUACAUACCUAGAUGGAACAUUGAAUGUGAAAACAAUGCCAAUUUAAUCUCAUUACUUCUUCAAUGUUAUUAUCAUUUUUUUAUGUUAACUACGAUCAAAUUAAAGAGGACUGCUUUCUUAAUUUUUUAUGUUAAACAUAUCAUUUUCAAUUUAUAACUUUUUUUUUUACCUGAGCACAACCAUGACUUGGUGCAUUAAUAUUUUGAAUUUGCAAUAACUUCAAAAUGCUUUAGAAAAGAAAAAAAACAAACUAUUACACUUUCAUUUCAUAUGUAUCUCAAGUUUGAAAAUCAUUUUAAAUCAUUGGUUUUCUUGUGCUCUUUGAAAAAAUAGAAACAUAAUUUUGAAAAUGAUAACUAGAAGAAAAAGGCAACCAACAAUUUGUUUUUUGUGACAUAGAUUUAAGAUGGAGAAACAAUGGAGCAAGCAAGAUUGAAACAAUACGUUUACUACUCAGCUACACAACACCAGCUGGGAAUUGGUUUGUAUGAAGUCCACAAUUGUUGGUUUUGAGAAAUAUGCUAUCCAGAGUUAGAACCGCUACACCCUUCAUGGAAAUAUGUCAUCUUACUGGCUUCAACUGGCAAUAAGGUUUUAAAAAAAUAUAUAUAAAUUACAGUUUCUGUUUAUCAUUCAAAUAUGAUUUGCAAAUAGAAACAAAUGACAAAAGAAUACAUUCAUAAUUUUAUUCAUGUACAGUGUUUAGAAUCUCUUUGUACUAACUCAAUAUUUGCCCAAAGUAGGUUUCUUUUCAAGUUGAAACUUUUCAAUUACAGUAAAUCAAAUACAUAUUGCACAGAAAUUUCUUGUAAGAAAAACACUCUGUGCAAAAUUAUUUACAAUAGUGAUGUAUAAUACAGUAUUGAAGCUCCAAUGCAGCUUUGUAAAAAUCAGGCUACUAAGAGUAUAUACUUGAACAUGGACACAGG